AACACACAACACCCUCGCUCACGAACUCGCUCGCACCACCCAAUCAGACAAAAAAUUUUGUUUCAUGUGGGGAGAGAGAGAGAGAGAGACACACACACACACACACACACACACACACACACACUUCACAGCCGCACGCACUCACACACAGAGGCAGAGAGCUGAAGAGGAGAGGAAAUUGAGGUGGUUUCAUGGGUAACUACAGAUUUAGGUUGUCUGAUAUGAUGCCCAAUGCUUGGUUUUACAAGCUCAAGGAAAUUGGCAGAACCAGAAGCCAUAACACUUCUGCUAAUUCCAUGAAGAAAAAACACCCAACAGCAACAUCAGCUGCUGCUGCUUCUCAGGCACAGCAGUCCAAAACAAAGCAACCCCACCACCAACACCACCACCACCACCACCAAUACUCUUAUCCAAGAAAAUCUUACUACUUCACCAGAGAACUUAUCCCAACUAACGCAAAAUCUACAGACACCCAUUUCCAUGACCCACCAAGAAGAUCUUCCAAACAACGACUACUCAAGAGAAGACCUCUCAAGUCUUCAUCUCCUAAGCUAGUCACCUCCUCUGUUUCCGCUGGUUGUAGCUGCCGUGCUACCAUCUGGACUAAAUCAUCAGAUUCUCCGCCUGAUUAUUCAGCUUCUAGUUCUGAUAGCUCUACAGAUCAGUUAGACAUCUGCGACUCGUUCCCACCAGAAUUCAGGUCUGACCGUGUUCUUGAUACUCAGUCGUUUGAUAAGAUGGUCGCAUGGUCGAGCUCUUGUGGUUGUAAUGUCGAUUCGAAUGCUGAUGACAUUAUAAUCGAUGUUGAAAAGAAAUCUGUUGGUGCGAAUUUUGAUAAGCUGGAUUUAUCUGAUCUUGACCUUCCACCAAUCUUAACCAAGCCUGCUAAAUUCGACGACAAGGUUGACGACAUCAAAAACAAGGAGACCAAAAAAACAACCAAGUAUAGAAAGAGUUCAGCUAAAUACGGGGAAAAGAAUGCUCAUGGGUCUUUAUCAGUGAAGGUGGUGAAAGAAGAGAGCGUCACCAUGAAAGAACAUAAGAGCAGUUCCAUGAGGAGACAUUCUCUGAAUUCUCCAGGACUAAGACUUCGAGUGAAUUCUCCAAAAAUAGCGAACAGGAAAGUUCAGGCACACGCUCGAAAGAGUGUUUCAUCAACAUCGAGUUCAAGCAGUCGGCGGAGUCUUUCAGAUAGUCUGGCAAUCGUGAAAUCUUCUUUUGAUCCUCAGAGAGAUUUCAGAGACUCAAUGGUGGAGAUGAUUGUGGAAAACAAUAUCAGUGCAUCAAAAGAUUUAGAAGACCUUCUUGCUUGCUAUCUUUCUUUAAAUUCCGACGAGUAUCACGAUCUCAUUAUCAAUGUUUUCAAGCAAAUCUGGUUCGAUUUGACAGAAAACAGGUCCAAGUAAUUUUCCUUCCUUGUAUAUCAACUUCUUCUUAAUCUAUACAUAAUCCAAAUUAAUAACCAUUUCUUGUUA